GUGAAGAAGCUUCAGAGAGUUUGAUGAAUCUAAGUCCCUUUGAUAUGAAAAAUCUCCUACACCAUAUUCUCAGUGGAAAAGAGUUUGGUGUGGAAAGAAGCUUGCGACCUGUAGAUUCCUCUUCGUCUAGCCCUGCAAUUUCUAUUCAUGAAAUGGGGCAUUCUGGAGCAACCAAAACAGAAAGAAGUGGUAUUACUAAAUUGAAGAGUGAGAUGAAGCAGUUCUUUCAUGAGGGCCACUCCAUGUCCAGCAGCAUGUUCACUUCCAUGAGGGGCAGUACUCCAUCGUCUCCUACGAGUACUUCUCCUACAGGCUCCAAAGGAGACACGAGCUGGGGUGGCCGAAAAGGGCAGUGGCUGCGCAGAAGGAGGCUUGAUGGUGCUAUUAACAGAGUUCCUCUUGGCUUUUAUGAGCAAGUGUGGAAAAUCCUUCAGAAGUGCCAUGGUCUGUCCAUUGAUGGGUAUGUCCUUCCUUCUUCAACUACCAAAGAGAUGACCCCAUGUGAAAUCAAGUUUGCUGUGCACGUGGAAUCAGUGCUGAACCACGUACCCCAGCCCGAGUACAGGCAGCUCUUGGUGGAAGCUAUUCUUGUUCUCACGUUCCUCUCUGACAUCGAGGUGAACAGCAUCGGUGGCAUCAUCCACGUGGAUCGAAUCGUGCACAUGGCCAAUGACCUGUUUCUACAGGAGCUGAAAUCAUUCGGAGCUACUGGUAGUAUCUUGGAGAAAGACGUAGCCACAGGAAUUUGCCACUUUUUUUAUGACAGUGCUCCAAGUGGGGCCUACGGCACCAUGACGUACCUAACAAAAGCCAUAAUUAUUUAUUUACAUGAUUUCCUGCCUAACACAGGCUGUGCGAUGCAGUAA